CUCUCCGAGUCUCAAAUGGGCGACCCCAUUGGCACCAUUAUCUCCACGUCCACCCAUCAUUCAAAACACCUUCAACAUCUUCCCAAAGCCACCACCACUCUCUUCUCCACUUCAAGGGACUCGUUUUCACAUCUGGCCCUCUCUUUAUCCGUAUUCAGGAAGAAGAAGAAACUGUCUUUUAGCAGAAAAAACAGAGAUCUGAGUGACCUUAUGAUGGAGCCAAAAUCACUGUGCUUCAUAACCUACCAAUCUUUUUUCUUGGCCGUGCGAUCAGGAGACCUUAACUCUCUGCAAGAGAUUGUGGAGAAGCUGACAAAAGAUGAGCCAUCUGAUGGGUCCUCUCCGGUGUCUGAUCUAAUGGCUACGCAAACUGAUGCAGGGGAGACUGCGUUGUAUAUAGCUGCAGAUAAUAAUUUGGAUGAGGUUUUUAGCUAUUUGAUCAACUUUUAUGAUGUGGAAGCUGUCAAGAUCAGGGCCAAGUCUGGCUUGGAUGCCUUCCAUGUUGCAGCUAAGAAGGGUCAUUUGGGUAUUGUUAAAAAGCUUUUGAGCAUUUGGCCUGAGCUUUGCAAGUUCUGUGACUCCUCAAAUACUAGCCCCCUUUACUCAGCAGCUGUUCAAGAUCAUUUGGAUGUGGUGAAUGCUAUCUUGGAUGCUGAUGUCAGCUCAGUCAGGAUAGUGAGGAAAAAUGGGAAAACGGCAUUGCACACAACUGCUAGGUAUGGCCUUGUUCGAAUUGUAAAAUUAUUAAUAGACCGUGAUCCAGAUAUUGUAUGCAUCAAAGAUAAGAAAGGCCAAACUGCGCUCCACAUGGCUGUAAAGGGUCAGAGCACUGCUGUAGUGGAGGCCAUAUUAUCGGCUGAUUCCUCAAUACUGAAUGAGCGUGACAAGAAGGGUAACAGGGCAGUGCAUAUAGCCACAAGGAAAUCUCGUCCACUGAUUGUAAGCCUUCUGCUAAGCUACGUAUAUGUUGAUGUCAAUGCCAUCAAUAAUCAGCGUGAAACUGCAAUGGAUUUGGCUGAUAAACUCCAAUAUGGAGAACCAGCAUUGGAAAUCAAGGAAGCUCUCACAGAGGCUGGUGCCAAGCAUGCUAGGUAUGUUGGACAAGUGGAUGAAGCAAUGGAGCUUAAGAGGACUGUGAGUGAUAUAAAGCAUGAGGUGCACUCACAACUCAUACAAAAUGAAAAAACUAACAGAAGAGUUUCUGGUAUUGCAAAAGAACUAAGGAAACUUCACAGAGAGGCUGUCCAAAAUACCACCAACUCUGUAACUGUUGUUGCUGUUCUUUUUGCUUCUAUUGCCUUCUUGGCUAUAUUCAACUUGCCUGGGCAAUAUAUAACAGAUGGAAGUGAAGCAGGGAAGGCUAAGAUAGCUGAUAAUGUUGGUUUCCAAGUUUUUUGCCUUCUAAAUGCAACAUCUCUAUUCAUAUCUCUAGCCGUUGUCGUGGUCCAGAUCACCUUGGUGGCGUGGGACACUACAGCUCAGAAACAGGUUGUAUCAGUUGUUAACAAACUGAUGUGGGCUGCCUGUGCUUGCACGUGUGGGUCUUUUCUUUCUGUGGCUUUUGUGAUAGUGGGAAAAGGCAGUUCGUGGAUGGCUAUAACAAUAACCUUAAUGGGGGCACCAAUUCUUGUUGGGACACUUGCAAGUAUGGGCUACUUUGUUUUCCGACAACAUUUUGGAGUUUUUAAAGAUUCCCAGAGACGCAUAAAAAGGGCCAGUGGAAGUAAGUCUUUCUCAUGGUCUCUGUACUCGGCAAACAUAUCAGAUAUUGAAGACUACAACUCUGAUAUGGAGAAGAUAUAUGCUUUGUGAACACUGCAUUAGACUCUCCUAUUAUGAUCUCUUUGCUGUUGAUAUUCGCAAUCAACUAUGCUUUUUCCCAGCCAAAGAAGAAGGGAAAAAAAAAAAAAAAACUGUUGAUGGUUGGUUGCAUUUCUGGAUUUUAGGGCUUGGCGUGCGAGAGUUGGCUAAUUUUCUUCUGUAUUGUAGUUGUUUACAGAAGAUUAUUGAGGAAUGUAUAAUUUUGUAUAUGGUAGUUCUUGUAACUUGAUCUCCUAUGCAUGAAGUGGUUCUCGUUGUUCAUAGCAAUAAUUUGCAUAGGAGAAAGAACUGUUAGUAGUAUGCCCUAGAGCAUAUCAUUUAGUAUGUAUCUGUACAUAUUUUUAUUAAUAAAGGCAUUUUCACUUUUCCAUUUACAUAA